AUGACAAUUCAACCGACUAUGAACGCCCCGAGCCAUGAUAUUCAACUGCGUGGCCUAAGUGAUAAUAGUGUGGCGGUCGAUGACAGCAAAGCGAGUGGCAUGGAAGGCGGGGAAGGCAAUGAUACAAGCCUACACGAAGAGAAUCCUACGGAUUCUGAAAUCACUAAAGAAUAUCCCACUGGCCUGAAGUUCUGGCUCAUUAUUCUCACCAUGGCCGCCUUGAUUAUCCUAGGUGGGCUUGACACCAAUAUUGUUGCUACCGCUGUGCCCAGUAUUACCGAUGAGUUCCACACCAUGGCUGACGUUGGCUGGUACUCAUCGGGAUUUAGACUCUUACAAGUAUGA